AUGGCUGACAAGCACAUCAGCAAUGAGGAGUUCUUCGCGCGGCUCAAAGAGCUGUUCGAUGCGCGGCGCACCCGAGAUCAUGGCACCGUCUACUUGACGCAAAAGCGCCUAACCUUCGACCUCAACUCGCGCGAGGCGACGCCCACCAAGGUCGCCGACGACCCGCUGUGGGACACGCACCCGCCCAACCCGCUCCCCAUCAUCGUGCGCGCCACCAACGGCAAGUCCAAGGACAAGCGCGACCGCAAGGUCAAGCUGUCGACCAUCGUGCAGCCCGACCAGCUGGACAGCUUCUACGCCCGCUACGCCGACGUGUGCAAGAGCGGCAUGUCGGCCCUGAAGCCGAGGGAUCGCAGCAAGAGGAAGAAGGACAAGAGGAAGAAGAAGGCCGCUGGUGGUGGUGAGGGCGAGAAGAAGGCGUGA